AUGAGCAGGACCACCUUCUUUGAGCGGAACAUCAGAAGAACUCGGAACAUCAGAAGAAUCACCGUGGAGGUUCUAGAUGGCAGGACCAGACAACAGCUGUGUUUUCUAGAUAAGGUGGAGCCUCAUGUUACAAUAGGAGACAUCAAGAGACUUUUUCACAAGUCAUAUCAACAGUUGUAUCCAGCCAGACAGGACCUCAAGCUCGACCCCAAAGGAAAAUCACUUAAGGAUGACGAUGUAUUACAAAACCUACCAGUUGGGACCACAGCAACCAUGUAUUUCAGGGACCUGGGUCCACAGAUCGGGUGGACAAUGGUGUUUUUGGCGGAGUACAUUGGCCCCCUGUUUAUCUACCUUCUGUUCUAUUUCCGAGUUCCCUAUAUCUACUCACAGCAGGAUGCCUUCACCUCCAGCUCCAACUCAGUGGUCACACUAGCCUGUGCCUGUCACACCUGCCACUACAUCAAGAGAUUGAUUGAGACCGUCUUUGUGCACCGGUUCUCCCAUGGCACCGUGCCUCUCAGGACUACAGUCAGGAGCUGUGUGUAUUACUGGACCUUCUCUGCGUGGUUGGCCUUCUACAUCAACCAUCCACUGUACACGCCUCCAUCGUAUGGGGACAUGCAGGUGAACUACGCACUGGCUAUAUUUCUGCUUUGUGAGGCUGGUAAUUUCUCCAUUCACGUGGCCCUCAAUAACCUCAAGGCAGAAGGUGGGUCCAAGUGCAGAAAGUUCCCUCGCCCGACGAAGAACCCAUUCACAUGGCUCUUCUUCCUCGUGUCUUGCCCCAAUUAUACCUACGAGGUAGGAGCCUGGGCAAGUUUCUCUGUCAUGACCCAGUGUCUUCCAGUGGCCUUGUUCACCUUCUUUGGUUUGAUCCAGAUGACCAUCUGGGCCAAUGGGAAGCAUAAAGCCUACACCAGGGAGUUUAAGGACUACCCACACCUGCGCAUGCCAAUUAUCCCACUCCUCCUCUGACCACACGAGAAAACGUUUACCAUUCUGCCUGAGGAGUAUUAGAGGCAUCAACCUGCCGGAAACGCUGUUGGAGAUUGGUGGGUUACGGUAUUUCUCACAAAGCACGAAGACCCCAUUGGCUAUUCCUUCAUCUAGCGUCAUGGCAAUGGUCUGUUAUCUUUUCAACAACUAUCAAGGACAGAAUUUACAGAAAGUAUUGUGUCAUCACUGUUGUGGAUUGUGUAUUGAUUAUGUUUAAUUCAAUCUUUGAGACACAGCUAUAUUGAUAAGUUAUUUAAUUGAUUUAUUUAACCGGUCAGGAUGAUUGAUUGACUGUUACAAUGCAGCUACUGAAGGGUCAGCUGCUGUUGGUAUUCUUCGUCUUCAGACGGUGGAAAUCAUCCGAAAUUAUUAAGUUAUGAAUAUACGAUUGGAGUUACUGUAUAUAUAAUCUACCAUAUGAUUUUGUAAUAAGUUAUUGUGCAUUUCCUAGAAGAAAAGAGUUUGUAACUUGCUACGAUAUACCCGUUUAGGAAGUCAUCUCGUAACAACAUCUGUUAUGGCUGAAGUGUAUCAGGGCUAUUUUCAGUUUAGUAGAGAAGUAGAGAAGGGGAAAUGGAAUCGGUUAACUAAGAAGUGAUCUAGAAGCAAUGGAACUUCAGCAGAUGUUCUAAGUUCUAAAUUAGAUUAUUUUCCACCUCUACAUAUGUUUGAAAGUAACAAAACGACCUGAUGAUUUUAACUUUGGGAGAAAGUUGAGGCUAAUUUAGUUAUGCAUUACUUAUCUAUUGUUCAAACUAACUACAAUCCGUCCAGUUCUCAGGUGUUACUAGAUGUAAGGGGCACUGUUGCAUCCUGUACAAAUUAUAGACAAACUCAUUUUUUCGACAAACUUGUUUUUUAUACAAAGUGUACAUAUGAAAUAAAUAAUUGUGAUAAUUUAAAAAGACACGUCUUUUAUCUUAAAGAAGAGUCGUGCAUAUUUCGCAAAAAAAUCAAUCAUUGUUACAGAAAAUAUUUAUUUGAAAUUAUUAUCUCAGACAAUUCAAUAAUCUCUCAUUUGCAAACAAAUCAGUUAUCAGGCAUAUGCAUAAAACUGCGAAAUUGUAUGCAGAGAAGAAAGCUUCAUGUUUAAACAGUACAUAUAGGCUUACAAAAUCGCAUCAUCAUUUAAAUAAUGAAUUCAAUUAGCAACAAAUGCUUUUAACAGUCAUUAGGUACACCGCCCAGUUCACACAAAUAUUUAGAUCAUACAGACAGUGAGUCACGUGGUUUGCUAUAUAAAUUCAGUUACUGUUUGAUUGGACGUUAGAAUGGGCAAAACGAGUGACCUAAGCGACUUUCAGCGCAGUAUGAUCGUCGGUGCCGGGCUGACCGGUUCCAGGACCUCAGAAACGUCCGGCCUCCUUGGCUUUUGACACACGACAGUGUUUAGGGCAGGAGUCCUCAACCCUACGAGAUCCGGAGCCUGCUGGUUUUCUGUUCUACCUGGUAAUGAAUUGUCCCCAGGUCUAAAUCAGUCCCCGAUUAGAGAGGGAACAAUUAAACAAUGCAGUGGAACUGAUGUCCCAGGUCUAAAUCAGUCCCUGAUUAGAGAGGGAACAAUGAAACAGUGCAGUGGAACUGAUGUCCCAGGUCUAAAUCAGUCCCUGAUUAGAGAGGGAACAAUGAAACAAUGCAGUGGAACUGAUGUCCCAGGUCUAAAUCAGUCCCUGAUUAGAGAGGGAAGAAUGAAACAAUGCAGUGGAACUGAUGUCCCAGGUCUAAAUCAGUCCCUGAUUAGAGAGGGAACAAUGAAACAAUGCAGUAGAACUGAUGUCCCAGGUCUAAAUCAGUCCCUGAUUAGAGAGGGAAGAAUGAAACAAUGCAGUGGACCUGAUGUCCCAGGUCUAAAUCAGUCCCUGAUUAGAGAGGGAAUAAUGAAACAAUGCAGUAGAACUGAUGUCCCAGGUCUAAAUCAGUCCCUGAUUAGAGAGGGAAUAAUGAAACAAUGCAGUGGAACUGAUGUCCCAGGUCUAAAUCAGUCCCUGAUUAGAGAGGGAACAAUGAAACAAUGCAGUAGAACUGAUGUCCCAGGUCUAAAUCAGUCCCUGAUUAGAGAGGGAACAAUGAAACAAUGCAGUGGAACUGGUGUCCCAGGUCUAAAUCAGUCCCUGAUUAGAGAGGGAAGAAUGAAACAAUGCAGUAGAACUGAUGUCCCAGGUCUAAAUCAGUCCCUGAUUAGAGAGGGAAUAAUGAAACAAAGCAGUGGAACUGGUUUCCAGGUCCAGAGUUGAGUUUGAGGGGUGUAGAUUUUACUUGGAAAUGGUGUGCGACAAACAAAACACAUCCAGUCAGGGGUAUUGCUCUGUUUCAGCUGUCGUGGGCAGCCUAGCUGUUUGGAGAACAAGGUACUGCUCUGUUUCAGCGGUCGUGGGCAGCCUAGCUGUUUGGAGAACGAGGUACUGCUCUGUUUCAGCUGUCGUGGGCAGCCUAGCUGUUUGGAAAACAAGGUACUGCUCUGUUUCAGCUGUCGUGGGCAGUCUAGCUGUUUGGAGAACAAGGUAUUGCUCUGUUUCAGCUGUCGUGGGCAGCCUAGCUGUUUGGAGAACAAGGUACUGCUCUGUUUCAGCUGUCGUGGGCAGCCUAGCUGUUUGGAGAACAAGGUACUGCUCUGUUUCAGCUGUCGUGGGCAGCCUAGCUGUUUGUAAAAGCAGGUACUGCUCUGUUUCAGCUGUCGUGGGCAGUCUAGCUGUUUGUAAAAGCAGGUACUGCUCUGUUUCAGCUGUCGUGGGCAGUCUAGCUGUUUGGAGAACAAGGUAUUGCUCUGUUUCAGCUGUCGUGGGCAGCCUAGCUGUUUGGAGAACAAGGUACUGCUCUGUUUCAGCUGUCGUGGGCAGCCUAGCUGUUUGGAGAACAAGGUACUGCUCUGUUUCAGCUGUCGUGGGCAGCCUAGCUGUUUGUAAAAGCAGGUACUGCUCUGUUUCAGCUGUCGUGGGCAGUCUAGCUGUUUGUAAAAACAGAUACUGCUCUGUUUCAGCUGUCGUGGGCAGCCUAGCUGUUUGUAAAAGCAGGUACUGCUCUGUUUCAGCUGUCGUGGGCAGCCUAGCUGUUUGGAGAACGAGGUACUGCUCUGUUUCAGCUGUCGUGGGCAGUCUAGCUGUUUGUAAAAGCAGGUACUGCUCUGUUUCAGCUGUCGUGGGCAGUCUAGCUGUUUGUAAAAGCAGGUACUGCUCUGUUUCAGCUGUCGUGGGCAGUCUAGCUGUUUGGAGAACAAGGUAUUGCUCUGUUUCAGCUGUCGUGGGCAGCCUAGCUGUUUGGAGAACAAGGUACUGCUCUGUUUCAGCUGUCGUGGGCAGCCUAGCUGUUUGGAGAACAAGGUACUGCUCUGUUUCAGCUGUCGUGGGCAGUCUAGCUGUUUGUAAAAGCCGGUACUGCUCUGUUUCAGCUGUCGUGGGCAGCCUAGCUGUUUGUAAAAGCAGGUACUGCUCUGUUUCAGCUGUCGUGGGCAGCCUAGCUGUUUGUAAAAGCAGGUACUGCUCUGUUUCAGCUGUCGUGGGCAGCCUAGCUGUUUGUAAAAGCAGGUACUGCUCUGUUUCAGCUGUCGUGGGCAGCCUAGCUGUUUGGAAAAGCAGGUACUACUCUGUUUCAGCUGUCGUGGGCAGCCUAGCUGUUUGGAAAAGCAGGUACUACUCUGUUUCAGCUGUCGUGGGCAGCCUAGCUGUUUGGAAAAGCAGGUACUACUCUGUUUCAGCUGUCGUGGGCAGUCUAGCUGUUUGGAGAACGAGGUACUGCUCUGUUUCAGCUGUCGUGGGCAGUCUAGCUGUUUGGAGAACGAGGUACUGCUCUGUUUCAGCUGUCGUGGGCAGCCUAGCUGUUUCUAAAAGCAGGUACUGCUCUGUUUCACCAGAGAAUAAACACCUUAUGUUCUUCACAGAAUUAAGAGCGAAAAUGUUCAAGUUCAGCUUUGAAAUGACACUGGAUACACAGGUGACGUGUUAGAAUGUGGGUGAGGCAGGAGUCAAUUUGCUAAGGAGACAGAAUACAACGGCUUCAAUUCCAGCUGUAUUUACUGUGCAUAAUACUAGAUGACACUAUUAUUAAUUAAGUGGGUAUUUGUUAAUAAUGGAAGGAUAAUCAGAUACUUAACCACAUGUUCUUCACAGUGCAAAUGUCCCCCUUCUGAAUUGCUUAUAGUUUAUUCAUAUUUAUUUGUAUUGUUUAUUUAAGUUUAUAGAGUUCUGAGGUGUUUGUCAAUAAACAUAAAUCAUUAAAGAACAUCAAA